AUGGGUGCCCCCGUCCGAGGCAAAGGAGCUAAACGAGGAGCAGGAAACCAAAGAGGAAAAGUUCGCGGCCAAGGGCGUCCUAUGAAUGGCCGCCCGCCGCCAUUUGGAAAUCCGGGCAUGAUGAUGGGACCACGCGGCCCUUUCCGCGGGGGCAUGCGGCCGCCCCCGGGCCCGAUGAUGCGCGGAGGCCGACCAGGGCCCCCCAUGAGAGGUAGACCGCUGCCGCCGCCUCCGCCCAGGAUGAUGGGCCCCCGAGGCCCCAUGAUGCCCAUGAGACCGCCUCCGCCUGGCAUGAGGCCCCCUCCCCCGGGAAUGCGCCCACCUCCGCCUCCCAUGAUGAUGAUGCGGGGGCCCAUGCCGCCCCCGAUGAGAGGCAUGUUCAGAGGUGGAAUGAGGGGCAAGAGGGGCUUCCCUCUUAACGGCGUGCGAGGAGUUGACAAAAAAAGCAAGGUUAUCAAGAAGGGUAACAAGCCACCCCUCAAAAGUCUAGAUCUGACAAAGUCCUUUGUGACAGAAGCUAUGAAAGCAGAGUUUGCUAAGAAAGAUGAGUUGUUGACAGCAGCCAAAACUUCUCAAUCAAAAGAGGAUUGGCAGAGUUAUAGAGAGCAGAGAGAUUCAUGCACAAAGUUGUAUCAGGAGGCAGAGAAGGCUGCAGGAGGGCAGCCUGAGAUAGGUGAAUUUGAAGACUACUCUCAUACAGAAGAUGAGGAAUUCAGCCAAGAAGAAAACACAUAUUCUGAAGAAGAUAGCUUUUAUGAAGAUUAUACCUACCAAGAAGAAAACCCAUAUUCUGAAGGAGAUAGCUACUAUGAAGAAAACUCAUAUUCUGAAGGAGACAGAUUUUAUGAAGAAUACCCUGAAGAAGAGACAUAUUAUGAAGAAGACAGCUGCUAUUAUGAACAAUACCCAGAAGAUUCAACGUUUCCUGACAUUGAUCAAACCUUCUCCUGUGACACCUGUGAUAGGGAUUUCUUCUCAAAAUUCCACUUUGACAAACAUAUGUCCGAACACAGAACUUGCAAUCUGGACGGUUGCACUUUUACCGCACACGAAAAGGUCAUAGAAAAACAUAUUUUGAUGCAGCACGCCACUGGAUUGUACGACAAAAUACGCAACAUCAACACUCCCGAAGAUAUAGCCAGGUGGAUAGAGGAGAGGAAAAGAAAUUAUCCCAAUAAGGAGAAUGUGGUCAAGAGACAGCAACAACAAGAAGAGAGGUUGAAGAGAGGAUUGAGAAUUCAGAAGAAUGAUAACAAAUUUGGCAGGGAUAAGUUCAGAUUGGCCCUACAAAAGGACAAGAGACCGCCCUUCAAACGGAAACCGAAAAAACCCCCACCCAAACAAACCAAACGGAUCUCCCUGAUAAACGAGAAACUCGAUUGGAACGGUACCAUGUUCCCGUUCCGCGGUACCACCGAGCUGAUCGACCAACCAGAAGAAGCGCCCAGCGAAUACGAGGACGAAGAAUGGUCGACGGUACCCUUCAAACCUGCUCUUAAGGUCAACUCCACUCUGGCAGCCCUGAUGGGCGCGUAUGGAAGCGAGUCUGAAGAUGAGCCACCGGAAGUACGAAACGUCGUGGUUGGAGGGUUGAAGGCGGCUGAAAGCGAUGGGGAAGCGCCUUUGGAGGAGAAAAUACGUAGGGAACCACUUUCGGUACCCAUGUUGGCAGUUGGAGACGGUGAAGAAGUUGAAAAAUGUCGGACCCGGACUGCUAGUAGGAAAAGGAAGAGGGUGGAGUUGAAGAAUAGGAAUUCUAGGAGGGGUGGUUUUCGGAAUGGAAGGGGUGGUUUUAGGCAUAAACGUGGCGGAGGAAUGAGCAGGAAAACAGAUCAGUUUCCAUAUGAUAAGUUCAAAAGAAGGAAAGUUACUUUGUUGGAGAAGUUGUUAGAGAAAGAGAUAAGGCAUGAGAGGAAUUUGUUGUUACAGUGUGUAAGGUAUACCAUACAAAAUAAUUUUUUCAAGGUUGAAAAGUGA